AUGUCCACUCCCAUCGGAAAGCUCGAGAAGACGAUCCACCGCCGCGAGGCCGCCCUCCGAACGCGCGAGGCCGAGACCGCGUCGCGUGAGGCUGAGCUAGAGCAGCUCAAGCAGUCACUCGAGAUUCUCGAGUGCGCUCGCGACGACAUUCGAGGCGCCAUCGAGGACGCUCUUUCUCCCGAGCCUACCACCACUAUCGCGCCAACCGACGUUCUCGACAUCGCCCUAGAGGGCAGCAACAACGCCAACGGCCCGUUUGCGAGCGGAAACAUUACCGUCGAGGAGGCUAUCAAGCUCGCCCUCACCAGCAUCAAGAGCGACCUGGGCCCCGAGGGAUUGGUCAAGAUGAUGAUCAAGACCGCUGUCGAUGUCAGCCAGCUCGGCGCCGAAGCCGUCAUCAAGGUCGCACUCGAGACCGUCCGAACUUCCGACCUGGAGACCAGCGAUAUCGUUCGCACUGCUCUUCAGACUGCCAGAGGUUCCAAGUACAUGUUUGCCAGCGACAUCAUUACGCCUACCGUCAUUACUGCCAUCAAACUCGGCAUCGAGCCCACCGUCAUCGUCAAGGAGGCUUUUAUAACUGCCAUGAGGGCCGAGCCCACUCGACUCCGAACUGGCGUGCUCACUACCCUGGGUUGUGCUGUCGGAAUGGGCAUGAGUAGCAAUGGCAUCAAGGGUAUCAUGGAUGGCUUUGCCAAGGAGGUCGAGAAUCGUGAGAUGCGCUCGGCAAGCCGUGCUGCAAUUGGAGGGCCUCCCGCGUCCACUGUCACUUCUACUCCUCAGCAACCCAAUCCCAUGCAGCCAAAGCCAUCCCAGCCAAGCAUUCAUACUGGCGCUGCUAGCAGCACUAUCAAUCCUGCAGUCAAUGCGCCAAUUCGACUGCCUGGGGAGACCACCUCUCUUCGGCAACUCUGGACAACAGUUGCCGAAUUUACCAGAAAACAAGCAGUCACUCUACCUGCCCAAGGUAUUGACCCGGAGCUGAUCGCAGCUUAUAAUAAACACCAAGCAGCCCUGCUGCGUGCCCUGGGUAUUGACCCGGACGCAGGUCCCCAGGGUCCACCAGCCAAGCGGAGUGCCCCUGAGGGCGGCCAAGAUCAAGCGACCGGAGCUCGGGCCAGCAAGGUGGUCAAGUUGAACUAUCCUCCGCAGAACCGGCAGGACCGACCUCAGUGA